GGAGGGGAGACUGGGUCAAGAAGUGAAGCUGGGGCUUGGGGGGCGGACAGGGCGGGCAGAGUGGGUGAGGCCGGAGAUCAGCGGGGAUCGAGUGAGGGCUGGUGAACUGGAAGACCCGGAGGUGAUAAGUUCUGAGGUAUUUUGAGAAGAAAGGCUGGACCAGGGAAAGGGAGUUCAGAGGAGGUCCAGGGGUGGUGGUAGAUAGCUGAGCCGGGAUCCAGGGCCAGGCAGAGCGCAGGCUGGGUUGGGGGCUCAGUAAGCAUUGAGCAGGUGGAGCCGGCUUCUGAAGCUGGUGUAAAGGAGAAGCAGGAUCCGGCUGGGGGCAUAUCAGGCGAAGGUUGGUCCAAGUUUAGGGUAGCCCGAGGAGAGAGCUCUAAGAGGGGGGUCCCACAGAGAGGCCGUAGGCCAAGUCAGCGCAGUGCCCCCCAUGGGAGAAGCCCCUUCCUGGGGCCAACGGAGCCAUGCUGUCCCGAAAGGGCAUUAUCCCUGAGGAAUAUGUGCUGACCCGGCUGGCAGAGGACCCUACAGAGCCCAGGUACCGUGCUCGGGAGAGGAGGGCCCGCUUCGUGUCCAAGAAAGGCAACUGCAACGUCGCCCACAAGAACAUUCGAGAGCAGGGCCGCUUCCUGCAGGAUGUGUUCACCACGCUGGUGGACCUCAAGUGGCCCCACACGCUGCUCAUCUUCACCAUGUCCUUCCUGUGCAGCUGGCUGCUGUUCGCCAUGGUCUGGUGGCUCAUCGCCUUCUCCCACGGCGACCUGGCCCCCGGAGAGGGCACCGCUGUGCCCUGCGUCACGAGCAUCCACUCCUUUUCAUCCGCCUUCCUCUUCUCCAUCGAGGUUCAGGUGACCAUUGGUUUCGGUGGGCGCAUGGUGACGGAAGAAUGUCCCCUGGCCAUCCUUAUUCUCAUCGUGCAGAAUAUCGUAGGGCUAAUGAUCAACGCCAUCAUGCUGGGCUGCAUCUUCAUGAAGACAGCCCAGGCCCAUCGGAGAGCAGAAACCCUGAUCUUCAGCAAGCAUGCUGUGAUCACCCUGCGCCAUGGCCGCCUCUGCUUCAUGCUUCGCGUGGGGGACCUCCGAAAGAGCAUGAUCAUCAGCGCCACCAUCCACAUGCAGGUGGUGCGCAAGACCACCAGCCCCGAGGGUGAGGUCGUGCCUCUCCACCAGGUGGACAUCCCCAUGGAGAAUGGCGUGGGUGGUAACAGCAUCUUCCUGGUGGCCCCGCUCAUCAUCUACCACGUCAUCGACUCCAACAGCCCUCUCUACGACCUGGCUCCUAGUGACCUGCACCACCACCAAGACCUGGAGAUCAUUGUCAUCCUGGAAGGCGUGGUAGAAACCACAGGCAUUACCACCCAGGCCCGCACCUCCUACCUAGCUGACGAGAUUCUGUGGGGGCAACGCUUCGUCCCCAUUGUGGCCGAGGAGGACGGCCGCUAUUCUGUGGACUACUCCAAAUUUGGUAACACCGUUAAAGUGCCCACACCACUCUGUACAGCUCGCCAGCUUGAUGAGGACCGCAGCCUGCUGGAUGCCCUGACCCUCGCCUCUGCGCGAGGGCCCCUGCGCAAGCGCAGUGUGGCUGUGGCGAAGGCCAAGCCCAAGUUUAGCAUCUCUCCGGAUUCCCUGUCCUGAGUUUGCGGUCCCUCAGGCCCCUACUCACUUAGGUCCUGGUGGUCGUGAACUGGAUGUUGGAUCCCAGGUCAGGCCCUGCUCAGACCCUGCUCAUUUCAGUCUCCCUGCCUCAGAAGCUUGGUGCCUCUGCGGUCCUCACUGCUGCAGAAAUUAGACAAGCGAUCCGCUUCGAUGCCUUAGUUCUGACUCCCUCAAAAGUGUGCUGGGUCCCCCCAGAAGCUGAGGGCUGCCGGUGACCAUCCCAUGCAAAAGACACACAGCAGCCAGGGACAAGCAGCCUGCAACUACAUCCUAUGGUCUACUUAUGCGACAUGGGACCUUGUUCCUUUCUCAGAAAUAAGAGGAACCCCGCUCUGUCUCUUCACACUCCUAAUCAGGCUGUCUGUCUGUCUAUGGCAUUAGUAGCCCACUGAUAACUCUUUUCCUUGGAAGUGCAUCCUGACCCAGGGCCUCACAGAGACCAUGCGUAUCUACCCCCAUGACCCACUUGAGGAGCAGACUGUACAGGUCAACGCCAGCAGCUCUUCCACUUUGGGCUCAAGGAAACUCUCUUGUGUUAGCUCUGAGCCUCCCCAGCAUGAAGCCAUCUCAUUUGCUGCAGUGUGAGCAUGCCUCAAACUCCUCCCAGACCAUCUUCCUGCAGCCAAAGCCAACCAGAAUCGGGAUAGCUCUACCUGCCUGCUCUUUAUUUCCAACUGGCCAAUUCCAGCUCUGGUCAGAUGGCGUUAUAACUCGGAGGGGAGGGGAGGUAUAUCAUGGUAACUAAGAGAGAACCAAACACCUGCCAUACACUUGCAGGACAGUUUGUUUUGGGUUCACUUUCUGCCAUAACCUUAGUUUCCCAUCUGUCUUGGGGGGGGGAGCAUGAAAACUAUCCAAGUUCUUCCUCUACAGUGUGCCCUCAUGAGAAGCCAUCCAGAGACCGAUUUGAAAUCAGUUGAAAAACUCUUCUCCGCCCUCUCCAGGUAAAAACUACCACUGUCCAUCUUGAGGUAGUCAGGACUGAGCCAAAUCUUUCCAUGGAGUUCUUCGGUCUCUGCUGUAUGGCUUUGGGCCCUCAGCAAAACAGCUACCGAGAUGGAGUCGGAAGUACAAGUGCUUCAGGGGUGCUUCUCUGGAAGACACAGAGGAGGACAAGCAGGAGGGGAGGCCUUCAGCUCACAGUACAGGCUGGCGAACGGAGGAGGAAGGAACUAGGAGAGAUUGAGUGGGAAGAGCCUCGAGCUACAGUAACACUUGGAGAGAGACUCCUGCUGUACUCAGGUGAGGCUGUUCAGGAAGAGCACAUUAGCUGAAAUGCUGCCCGGGCCUGAAGCUCCUUGGAAGGAUCUCAGCUGACUACAGUGCCCAGGGUAGGAACUUCCUGAAUGGGGACCUUGGCUUUGCCCUCUCCUGUCACAUUCCUCUUGGUCAGCUUCCUGAGAGACUGUAUACGUCAGUUUUUGCUAUGUAACAAGCAAACCUAACGGAGGCUCUAUAGAAUCAGUAUUUCUCAAGGAAAAAAAUGCUCCUGAAACUCAUAUGGAAAUACUAAAGAUCCAGAAAAGCCAAAACAAUCCUGAACAAAAGAGUAAUGCUGGAGGAAUCAUCAUAUCUGAUUUCAUAUUGCACCAUAGAGUCACAGAAAGAAAAAAAAAGCCAGCAAGCUAUUGGCAUACCUAGACAGAUGGGACAGGACAGAGGGCCCGGAAAUGAGCCCACACAGCCACAGUACCUGAUUCCCAACAGACGCACCACAGGGACAUGCAGAAGAAAAGACAGACUCCAGCAAACGACCUGGGGAAACUGGAUAUCCACGUGUAGAGGGACGGAUGUGAGAGUCAUCUCUGUCUCUCGCGCUGCACACAAAGCAACUGACAACUCAUAGAAGACUUCAAUGUGGGAAACUGGAAGUCCUAGAGGGAAGCAUCUCAAGGGAAUGGCACAGACCAAGAUGAUCUGCCAAGACUUCAGGGCCUGCCAGCGACAUCAAUAACUGGAAGUGGAGUAUGUCCAUCUGAAAGUCUUCUGCACGGCAGGGAAACAACACUGCUGUGGGAUGGUCUUUCUGUACGCUGUGAAUAUGUGUUGCUAUGAUUGGUUAAUAAAGAAGCUUCUCUGGCCUAUGGUGAGUCAGCUUAUAGCCAGGCAGGAAAUCCAAGAGAGAGACAAGAAGAAGAAAGGCAGAGGUGGAGAAGACUCCAGCCACCGCCAAAGGAGCAACAAGAUGCUAGCAGACUGGUAAUGUCACGGCCACAUGGCAACAGAUAGAUUAAUAGGAAUGGGUUAAUUUAAGAUGAAAGAGCUAGCUAGCCAGAAGUUUGAGUCAUAGGCCAUAUAGUUUAUGAAUAAUAUAAGCCUCUGUGUGUUUACUGGGGACCACGCGGCUAUGGGACAUGGGUGGGAGAGAUUUGUCCCGACCGCGGGGCCAGGCAGGACUGGAGAAACUUACAGCUACACAACACCAUGAAAACAGCCUGUGGAAUGAGGGGAAAUCUUUGCAGCCAGUCAUCUGACAGGGGAUUAAUAUGCAGAACACAUGAAGAACCCCAAAAGUAUAAUCAGAAGAACAAGCACUCCUUUCAAUAAUGCACAAAUCAGCAGAAUAACCAGUUCUCACGUGGAGUGCACAACAGGCAUGUGACUCAUGACUGCAGUCUUAGCAUUUGGAGGUUGAGGCUAGCCUGGGCUACAGGAUGAGGCUGCAUCUCGAGACCUAAACAACAACCACAACAGGCAUGUGACUCAUGACUGCAAUCUUAGCAUUUGGAGGUUGAGGCUAGCCUGGGCUACAGGGUGAGGCUGCAUCUCAAGACCUAAACAACAACCACAACAACAUCGCAAAUCACCAAUACAUAAGAAAAAUGGGGUCAGUGAGAUGACUCAAUGGAUAAUGGUGCCUGCCACCAAGCCUCACAACUUAAGUUUGGUCCUUAGGACCCAUCUUGUGGGAGGUGAACACUAAGUCCUUCAAGUGGCCCUCUGACCUUCACACGCAUGCCAUGAUAUGUACACACCCACGUGUAUACACAAAUAAAUGUAAUUUAAGAAUUUCUAAUA